UAUUCAGUGGUGGUAUCAGCUUUUCCUUCACCACAAUCAACGGUAACAAACACCGAAUCAUCAAAAACAGGAUGUUCGUCUAGACAAUUGGUUUGGAUCAAGGUCGUAUCCUGUUGUAUAAAACCUGCCGUUCCUUAUUCCCCAGUGUUAUAACUAUAACUUUUGCCAAAGACAAUGGUGCCGAGUGUUCUCGCCUUAUUGGUCUUGGCCUGUGCUUCUUCUGCCCAAGUUUCUACGAGUGACUGGCAAAGGACCAUCAUAUUCAUCCACAAAGAGACGUCACCUUCACAGUAUGUCUUUCUUCGAGGAGGUCUAGACCACAGUAGACGACCGGAUUGUGUCCGCAACGCCACUGUUGACCCAUGUAGCAUCCCCAUUCGGCACAUCUGGACAACCCGUGGGCACUACUUUGGGUAUAAAUACAAAACCUGGUGCCAGGGGGACAACUACCUGGACUGGUACGGUCCCGAGCAGGGCCAGGGCUUCGUGAGGUCAACCACCGUGUAUACCCCGGCCCAAGGUACACCCAUGAUGUGGACGACUAGUGGACGGUAUUCGCGAGGGCAGUGGUGCCCCCCGGGCGAUUUUAAUUGCAGAUAUCCUUUCAAGUAUGAUGACUUUCGCGCCGAGAACGACGGUUUCGGUUACACCCCGCGGAACAAGUGGGGAAGUCACUACUGGAUGCUGGACGUGCUCAUGGACUGUUCCAGAACUUGGAGCGGCUGGUUUGAUUUGAAGGCUUACCUUACCCCUGAACAAGAAUGGGAGCCGGAUAUUUGGCAAAAGGGCUCUUGCAGGUCACGCACGUAUCUACCGCCUCCAAGCUCACGGAACCACAUGGCCAGGUGCGGCAUGACUAACGUGUUCCAAUGGGGUCAAACCUUUCCUUGUGAGAUCUACCCUAACGACCCUGACCCUGCUUUGCCCAGCACGGUCACCAGCAGUCCACGGACGACCAGACAGGGAUACAUGUCCAGUGGGAAAUAG